UCUAGCAGGUUCCAGAAGGCGGGGUGGGAGAAGGGAAAGGCGGGCGCAGGAAGGAGACGGGGAGCCAGACGGGAAAAAGCCGAAGGAGAGGAAGGCGGAGGCGGAACCGAGAUUUCCCCGGCGCCAUGGAGAAGGUGAAUGAACUGAAGGAGAAAGGAAACAAGGCCCUCAGCUCUGGCAACACCGGCGAGGCCAUCAAGCACUACUCGGAGGCCAUCCGGUUGGACUCUUCCAACCACGUGCUGUACAGCAACCGCUCGGCUGCCUAUGCCAAAAAGGGGGAGUACCACGAGGCCCUGGAAGACGCUUGCAAGACCAUCGAGCUGAAGCCGGAAUGGGGCAAGGGCUAUUCUCGAAAAGCAGCCGCCUUGGAAUUCCUGAACCGCUUUGAGGAAGCGAAGAAGACGUACGCGGAAGGGCUGAAACACGAGCCGGGCAAUGCCCAGUUGAAGGAAGGCCUGCAAAACAUGGAAUCCAGGCUGGCAGAGCGGAACCUCAUGAACCCGUUCAACAUGCCCAACCUCUACCAAAAGCUGGAGAGCGACCCUCGCACCAGAAACCUGCUCAGCGACCCAAGUUACAGAGAGCUGAUUGAGCAACUCCGCAACAAACCGUCGGAGCUGGGAACAAAACUGAAGGACCCCCGGGUGAUGACAACCCUCGGGGUGCUGCUCGGGGUCGACUUAGCCAGCGCUGACGAUGAAGAUGAAGCCAUGUCUCCCCCUCCUCCUCCACCCCCCAAGAAAGAGCCCAAGGCAGAACCCAUGGAGGAAGACCUGCCGGAAAACAAAAAGCAGGCCCUGAAGGAGAAGGAAUUGGGGAACGAGGCCUACAAAAAGAAAGACUUUGAAAGAGCCUUGGAACACUAUAACAAGGCAAAAGAUUUGGAUCCAACCAACAUGACUUACAUUACUAACCAAGCAGCGGUGUACUUUGAGAAAGGCGAUUACAGCAACUGCCGAGAACUGUGCAAAGCAGCCAUCGAGGUGGGGCGUGAGAACCGGGAAGAUUAUCGACAGAUUGCCAAAGCUUACGCCCGAAUUGGGAAUUCCUACUUCAAGGAAGAAAAGUAUAAGGAAGCCAUCCAGUUCUACAACAAGUCUCUGGCUGAGCACCGGACUCCAGAGGUGCUGAAGAAGUGUCAGCAGGCUGAGAAAAUCUUAAAAGAGGAAGAAAGGGAGGCAUACAUCAACCCUGAGCUGGCUUUGGAAGAGAAGAACAAAGGCAACGAGUGUUUCCAGAAAGGGGAUUAUCCACAAGCCAUGAAGCACUACACCGAAGCGAUCAAGCGUAACCCCAGCGAUGCCAAACUGUACAGCAACAGGGCUGCCUGCUACACCAAGUUGCUGGAGUUCCAGCUAGCGCUCAAGGACUGCGAGGAAUGCAUCCGUUUAGAACCCGCGUUCAUCAAAGGCUACACACGCAAAGCGGCGGCUUUGGAAGCCAUGAAGGACUACACCAAGGCCAUGGAUGUCUAUCAGAAAGCCCUGGAGCUGGACGCGAAUUGCAAGGAAGCCGCGGAAGGUUACCAGCGCUGCCUGAUGUCCCAGUACAAUCGCAACGACAACCCCGAGGAUGUGAAGCGCCGGGCCAUGGCCGAUCCUGAGGUGCAGCAGAUCAUGAGCGACCCAGCCAUGCGGCUGAUCCUGGAGCAGAUGCAGAAAGAUCCACAGGCGCUAAGCGAACACUUGAAAAACCCCGUCAUUGCUCAGAAGAUCCAGAAGCUCAUGGAUGUUGGCUUGAUCGCCAUCCGGUGAUGUUUCUGACCAUCUUUCACACUUUCCCCCCCCCCCGGUUGAAAAAGGCAGCCUGAUGAACUUCUCCACGAAAAUCGGUCCAGCGGGGCCAAUCUCCUCGCCAAAAGGCAGAGACUCACACAUUUGAGACAAGGCGUCCGCCUCUCGCACACGCGCGUGCUCGUACCAUCCAUCCUAUCCGGCACCGGAAUAUCGGCCUUGUCUGUUGUCCAGGCCCGUUGCUCUGUUUCAGUUACUCCGUGUUGUGAGCUGCCAUAUUCUUAUUUUUUUGGUCUCCCUCUCUUCCCCCUUCCCUUGCAGUUUUUAAUUCAGGCCAUGGGAAGCCUCGUUACUCGUUUUUCCGGUUUUUCGUUCGGCUGUGAGGCUGCGGUUUACUUUGGUCUCCUGCACAUCGAAUAAUAAAAAAAAAAAAGCAAAAUUA